CUCUUCUCUAUAUAUACAAAUCCAUAUGAUCCAAUAUCAACACAAUGAAACAAAUGGCAAUUGAUGAUUAUGAUGACUCCUUCACAAAACCAGGAGCAAUCCCAUUCAAAUGGGAAAUCCGACCCGGCGUCCCCAAAAUCCAAACCCAACAACAAAAACAACCACUACCACCACCUCCACAUCCGCAUAUUCACAAACACCUUAACCUCAAACCCCCACCAUCCGGGUCACUCUUCCUGCCGCCACCGGAGCCCCAUACCCGAAGUCGCUCCUUCCGCUCUGCUUCCGCCGCUCGAACCCGGUCCGAGCGCUGGCGAUUCGAGCAGCCCGAUAACAUCCUUGCCCGGCGACCCGGACGACCCGACACCGUUUCAGCCGGGUGCUUCAUGUCUCCACUUCUGAGGCGGAAGUCAGCGAGCAGUAGCAAAAGGGGGAGCGGAGCUAGAACGGUACCCGUACCCGAGUCCGAACCCGAUUACACUUCGGACCUUGAGACGCUGGCCCGGUGGUCUCUGUCGUCGCGGAAAUCGCUGCUCUCACCGUUCCGUGACUCACCCACGUCCACGUCCUCCUCGUCGUCCCCUCGACCCGUAUGUGACGCUGAGUGGGCCGGGUUCGGGCUCUUUUGAAAGCUUAUAGUAAAAAGCUUUUUUUACUAUUGUAUUUAAUUAGUAAGUAAUUAUGGCAAGCCCAGCAUGGUUAAUUCCUUAAUGGGUAAGCUUAGCUCUCUAGUCACACAAGACUAAGUAGAGUACUUGGAAGUUUUUGGUUUUUGGUUUUUUUGGUUCUAGAUGGCAAAAAGUAGGUCAAGUCAAAAGGUUUUGUUGAUACUUGAUCUUGGAUGUAGUUGUGGAAUGAAAGGGAUAACCUUUCUUUUUAUAUACAUAAUGAAAAUAAAGAUAGAAGGUUGCCUUUUGAAAGGUUUAUA